GUUGUCUGCUGUGUGGUUUGACUGAACAACUUGGAUAAAAAAUGGCCAUCCGAUACAUCAAGCACAAGUAUCUGUGGAUUUAUGUUUUGAAUUAUGAGAAACUGUAGAAUAAAAUAAUAAUGGAGAUUCCACCUGUGGUGAAUUUGGAGGGUAAUCAGUCUUGGACAGCUUCAGGAUUACAAAAAAUUGCAACACAGGAGCUGACCUCAGAAAUCUCUACUGUCUGGGAUAGCGGCUCAGCGGACCACGGAGGGGAUGAUUGUCUCCCUGAAGCCCAAAGCUUGCCGUUGGAGCCAGACGAGGACGUACACAAGCUGAGGAAGAGUUUUCUUCUUGUCAGUCAAAACAACACUGAAGUUUUGGAAGCUGUGUGCUUACAGGAGCCGGAACAAGUGUCAGUAAUUUCUGAUGAAGCACCCCCGGACCAAAGUCCACUGGGCUCAUCAGUUCAUCUUCAUGAAGCAGGUAUUGUGUUCACAUCACCUACAUCUAACGACAGCUGCUGUGGUAACGUUCCUCUUCCUGAUCCUGUCGCAGAAGGUCAGUCAGAUCAUGGGGUUCAGAAUGAUUCUGGUCAGGCAGCGGACUUGAACUCUGGAGGUGUAAAAACAGACUAUGAGAGGUUAGAACCUGUCUCAAAUGGCCACGACUUUAGGCCUCCACAGGACCCCAUCCUUGUCCCUGCAGCUGCUCCUGAUUCAGGCCGGAGAUGCCUAGAUCUCCCACGCAUUGUGAAGCACAAACCGAGCUCCAUCACCUUCUCACACUACACCUUUCCAUCCGGAACCAACAGCCAUGCUUUUGUCAAUGAGAGCUCGGACGAAGGAGAGUCUUCACCGGAGGAGGAGGAGGAUGAUCACGAUGAUGGCGAUGGUGAUGGUGAUGACGACGACGACGAUGUGUUCCCAGAGCUGCCUCAGAGUAGAGAUCUGCUCGUCAAUCACAGACAAAGGAGCAAAGACAAACCGAAGAGGAGAGGCGCUGUGGGGGCCCGGCCAGAAAUCGAUCACACGGCCACAAAGUGUGGUUAUGAAGCAGAGGAAGAAGGCAGCAGUAAGGAGGUAUCUCCGCAGGUUAAGUCUCCAUGGUCGGAGUCGAUGAGCCAGCUGAUGAGGAAACUGGAUCAGCUUAAUCUAGACAUUGAGGAAGCUCUGAGUGCAAGUUCCUCCCCCUCCGACACACCCUGCACCACCCGCAAGAAACAGUGGGGUGCUGUUUCAAAGUCCACGUUAAACCAAAAUCUGAACCAUCUCCAAAGACCGGACAGAGGGGAAUGUCCAAGCCAGGACAGAUCUUCUGCUCCUCGCAGCUCCUCAGCGGGAACAAGAGCAACGACCAAGAAAAUGAUGUUCAAUAAGAUGACCACCGCAGCAGGGGCAGAAAUUGAGGCGAAAGAGGCGUGUGACUGGCUGAGGGCAGCAGGAUUUCCCCAGUAUGCUCAGCUCUUUGAAGAUUCCCAGUUCCCCAUUGACAUCACUCCUGUGAAAAGAGAUCAUGACUUUCUGGACAAAGAUCUCGUGGAACCUCUGUGCAGGCGGCUUAACACCUUGAACAAGUGUGCCUCUAUGAAACUUGACGUGAACCUUCCAAAGAAGAAAAGUGAAGACUCUGAUGAAGAAGACCUGUUUGCUAUCAGUGACAAAUGGACCUUUGAGUGGAGCAGCCGGCGUUGGUCCAGGUUACAGGACAUUGACUGUCUGCUGGGAAACCACGUAGAGGGUCAGCCCUCCAGGGACGGCGUGCCUCUGAGAACCACCACCAGCAGCGAGAGUGUUCUGACAGACCUCAGCGAACCAGAGGUCUCUUCAUUGCACAGCGAGAGCAGUGGAGGUAGCGGUCAUAGGGGCCUCAGCACAGAGGACUCUGAUUGCUCCAACCGCACCUGCUCAGAUUCUGCAGCAAUGCCAGACUCGACUUCUCUCACGAUGCCUCACAUCCCCAAAGAAAUUGCUCACUUUGGCUCACUACCUGACAAGCACGGCAAGGCAAGCCGCAUCCGUGCCAAAGACUUCCUAAAGCGCAUGGAGACACUGCGAUCCCGAGGAACUCUGGGAAGGGGUCGUAAGACUUUGGUCAUCAGCUCUCCAGUGAUGCAACAGGAGGCCCAGGCUCUGAAGACGCUACGGUGUGUCGAGAUCAUAAAUGGAGAUGCUGGGGCUCCAGAAGCACCGCCCAACAACGUCCUGCCUUCACAGUCCAGUAGUGAGGGUAGCAGCCAUUCCAGUGGCAGCACUGUCAGCACACCCAGCCUGAAAGAGCGUAAACCGCACCGGGCUGACUACAAGCGCAGUGGCAUGUAUUUGGAGGACAUAGACAUCUUUUCAGGCACCCAAGUGAAUAAAAUCGCAGAACAGAACCGCAGAAAUGAAUUCUGCUCCUAUGAAGACCUGGUGGUCCACAUUCCCAAAGACCAUAAGCCAGGAACUUUUCCUAAAGCACUGUCCAUAGAGAGCCUUUCGCCAACCAAUGGGGCCUCUAUCAACUGGCACACAGGCAGUAUGCACCUGGACUCCCCACUGAUUUCAUGCAGGAAUGAAUCUAGGCCUGUCACCCAGUGCUGCACCAGAGGAAGCCGGAUCAGUGUAUAUGAUAAUGUUCCUGGCUCGCAUCUGUACGCCAGCACUGGAGACCUAAUAGAUCUAGAGAAAGAGGAUCUGUUCCCUCACCUGGACGAUAUCUUGCUGCAUGUCAAUGGGCUACAGCAGAUAGUGGACCACUGGUCCAAGAACGUGUUGCCUGUCGGAGAGGUACAGGCACAGGUGGACGGCAAGGGGGAAGAUAUAGUGUGCCUCCAGUCCUCUAGUCAGAUCACACUGGACUUUGAGGGAAAUUCUGUCACAGAAAGCCAAACCACACCCAGUUAUGGGGACAGCAGAGACAGAGUAUCACUUGCUGAGACAGAAUCUACAAGGCUCAGGGAAAGGAGGGACUCAGGAGUAGGUGCAUCACUCACAAGACCUAAUCGGUUACGAUGGCCCAGCUUUCAGAUAUCUAAUCGCCUAAGUCACUCGGUGGCAUCCCUUCAGAUUACCAACCAAUCAGCAGGUCAGCUGAGUUUGUUGCAGAAGUUUUCUCUGCUGCGCCUUACUGCAAUCAUGGAGAAGUACUCCAUGUCCAACAAGCAUGGCUGGACUUGGUCUGUGCCAAAGUUUAUGAAGAGAAUGAAGGUACCAGACUAUAAGGAUAAGAAUGUGUUUGGAGUGCCUCUCAUAGUGCAUGUGCAGCGUUCUGGACAACCGUUGCCCCUUGGCCUGCAGCAGGCUCUGCGGUACCUGAGGAGCCAGUGUCUUGACCAGGUGGGUCUUUUUCGUAAGUCUGGGGUGAAGUCUCGAAUUCAAGCUCUGAGGCAGAUGAAUGAGAGUUCACCAGACAAUGUGAACUAUGAAGAUCAGUCUGCCUAUGAUGUAGCUGACAUGGUGAAGCAGUUCUUCAGGGAUCUCCCUGAGCCUCUGCUGACCAGCAAACUGGGGGAGACCUUCCUCCAUAUCUACCAGUAUGUGCCGAAGGACCAAAGGUUGCAAGCUGUCCAGGCAGCCAUCAUGUUGAUGUCGGAUGAAAACCGAGAGGUGCUGCAGACGCUGCUCUGUUUCCUCAGUGAUGUCACCUCCUCUGUGGAGGAGAACCAGAUGACACCUAUGAACAUUGCCGUGUGCCUCGCUCCCUCUCUUUUCCAUCUCAACAUACUCAAGAAAGACAAUCUCUCACCGAGGGCCAUGCAAAAGAAGUAUGCCACUGGCAGACCAGACCAGAAGGAUCUGAAUGAAAACCUAGCAGCGACGCAGGGCCUUGCUCAUAUGAUCAUAGAGUGCAACCGUCUCUUUGAGAUCCCUCAUGAGAUGGUUACUCAGUCGCGUAAUUCAUACGUGGAAGCUGACUUGCAUGCACCAACAAUUGGCGAGCUGUGCAAACAGCUGGAAGAUGAUGACGGAACAUACCAAACACAUAUGGAGGGGAGACUUCAGAACUUGCUUAAAGAGGCCCGGGAAAAGUCCAAAUACUGGAUGUCUUGCAGCAGCUCUGAUAACACAGAACUCUACUAUAAAAAGGUAGGAGAUGGGAACCCUUUGAGACGCUGGCGAGUGUCAGUGGAGGUGGAAGCGCCGCCAUCUGUGGUGCUGAACCGCGUGCUGCGAGAGCGCCAUCUGUGGGAUGUGGACCUGCUGCAAUGGAAAGUGUGUGAGACGUUGGACAAGCAGACAGAAGUGUUUCAGUAUGUCCUCAAUCGUAUGCCCCCUCAUCCCAGCAGGGACUUUGUGGUUCUCAGGUCUUGGAGGACAGACUUGCCCAAAGGUGCUUGCUCCCUGGUUUCUGCGUCUAUAGAGCAUGAGGACUGCCCUCCUGUUGGAGGUGUACGAGCUAUAGUCCUGGAGUCCAACUACCUACUAGAGCCCUGUGGCUCAGGAAAGUCCAGACUAACUCACAUCUGCAGAGUGGACUUGAAGGGAAGGACUCCGGAUUGGUACAACAAAGCCUUUGGUCACCUCUGUGCUGCAGAAGCUGCCCGAAUCCGCAACUCCUUUCAGCCACUAAUCACAGAUGGUCCAGAGACCAAAAUCUGAAACUACUUGCCAGUUGAGUCUGUUCAGCCUUGAAAUCAACAUUGAGCCUUUGAGUCAUUGCUAAUAGGCAGACACGAUAUAUAACCAGGGCCCCAGAACUAAAGCACAGUUUAUUCAGCUUCAGUAGAAAAAUAAUGUUGAGCUCCUCUUGUACUUGCACAAUGACAAAAGAGGACAUCUUAUAGGUGCUGAGAAUAAUUACUCAAUGGGAAAUUAAUCAUCCUGCCAAUGUCCUUAGCAUUAGGAUCCUAUUUACUUUCAUGUUGCUAAACCUGUAUAUUAUGAUAAUUAUUAUCUUUAAUAAUAUUGUAUUGACAUUCAAGCUCUUAAAUGCUUCUGGGAAGCAUGUAUAUGUUAUUAAUUUCAGAUUUAAAGCUAUAAUUGUUAUGAUGUAGACUCAUGUGUCUGUAUAUAUGUGUGUGUGAAUAUACUGUACAUGCAAACAAGAUGUAUAUAUUGUCUAUUUGUGAAGGGAGAAAUAGUACAUAUGUUAAUAUCCUAUAUAUUGAUUCUUUCAUCGUGUUAACCUUCCUGUUAUACAUGUGGUACAAAAUUGUAAGCUGGUUUUACUUCAGUAUUGCCAUUUUGGAAUGGGUGUAAUUUUAUUAAAUUUUGACCUCUUAUGGUUGUGAAAAGAAUGACUUAAGGUUUGACUUGAUCAUACCUGCUUAAGGGUACUGGAUUGCACAGUCAAGUACAAGACACCAUUUUUUAAUAAAACCAUCCAGAUUUUAAA